GCACAUCUAUGCACAUCUCCAAAAACCUUGGAGAACUGAUUUAUGCUACCCUUCCUAAAGAGACACUUGUACUCCGCAGGUUUGGGGCAAUGGACCUCAGUGUUGUUGUUUGUCCACCUUCCCCACACUCUGAUCUUGUUGCGACGACGCGUCAUCAUCAUGCAUCUUGAGCGAUCUCGGGUUCCUCAUUCAGCCGGGCUCGAGCUUGUGCGGCAGCAUUUAAGAUCGAUUGAUAAUCUGAUCGUUGCAGCAUGGCGCAAGUAGAAGCACUCUACGAUGCCUCCGAGCGCCAUGCGUUGCAAAGCGUGGCGAUGUCGAACAGCUAUGACCGGGUGACGGAAGAGGCUACAUUCCUGUCUUACCUUGGUAGGUUUCAUGUUUGUGACGAGGCUCUACGAGAGCUGCAACGUCUUGGCUUUCGGAAAAAAUGGCUUCCAUCUCAUCCGUUUCACAAGUUGUUUCCGAAGGGUUCUCAAGUCAACAAGUAUGAGUCAACGGCUGCAUGGGUUUAUACUCAGGGGAGCGUGUUUGCCUAUGAGAUGAACCGCCUUAUGCAAAAUUGUGAUUGGGCGUCUUUGUUCGCACAAUAUGGCUACGCUGUGAAAGCAUUAUUUUCGUAUUGUGAGAAGAUGCAAGACGCCUACGGUGAGAGGCAAAAACUAUAUCGUGGGUAUCCGGGUUCAUUGCAUGAGGCACAAAACGAGUAUCAUGUUGGAAGAACGUUUGCAUGGCCGUCCUUCACAAGUACCUCCAAGUGUCGUGCAACUGCUUGUGAUUUCGCAAAGGGUGAGUACUCUAGCGAGGGUGGAUUUCCAAUCCUCUUCGAGAUUUCAACUUUGAGUCGAGGUGCUCCUUUGCUCGGCUGGUCAAGAUAUCCCACAGAGGAUGAAGUGUUGUUGUUACCUUUCCAGGGAUUCCACGUGACCGACAUCUUCUUUACGGACGACAGGCGCAUGCUCGUGAUUCAGCUAAGCACCGUGAAGUUGGGACAUCCAACCUCAGGUCCAACUUCAUACAUCCAAAAUCAGGUCCAGCUUUCAGCACGUUUGGAGGAGCCCAUAGUGCAAAGGCCAAGUCCUGGCGAUGACUUCUUGAUUUUUUUGGCACGGUGUUCAUAUUGAUGUUCUUGUUCAUCGCAGCUGUCAAUGGCAAAGUGUAAGGUUUCGGCCCAUUUGUGAGGAACAGUGUGUGAAGGGCCG